ACGACGAAAACAGUCGAGAAAGACUCCGCCGCUGACAGCCAACACUUGCAGACUUGCCGUCCGUCUUCCAGCAAAGUCGUGCGUACCGUCCACCGCGUCGUUGAGGUCACGCGAAAAAAAAAAACCCCAAUUCAAACGAAAAACAAUAACAAGCCUGUGACGAGAGGCAGCUUCCGGUCGUCGGGGCAUCCAUAGCAGCAAAGAGGGCGGACAAAAACAAGCCAUCGCCUCGCCGUGUCUGCGACAAUGCCGCUGAGCGUCAACGGCAUCCUGUGCACGCUGGCAAUGCUGCUCGUCUGGCGGGCAGAGGAGCUGGCGGAGGCGUGCAGCUGCGCUCCGGUGCACCCGCAACAGGCGUUCUGCAACGCCGACAUAGUGAUCCGAGCAAAGGUGGUAGGGGAGAGAGAGGUGAUUUCUGGGAACGACAUCUACGGCAACCCCAUCAAGAGGAUCCAGUACGAGGUCAAACAGAUCAAGAUGUUCAAGGGUCCCAAUCAAGACAUCGACACCAUCUUCACCGCCCCCAUGUCCGCCGUGUGUGGCGUCACCCUGGAUGCUGGCGGCAAGAAGGAGUACUUGAUCUCCGGCAAGUCCGACUCUGGCGGUCAAAUGCACGUGACGCUGUGUGAUUACAUCAUGCUGUGGGACUCCCUGAGCGCCACCCAGAAGAAGAGUCUGACCCAGCGCUACCAGAUGGGCUGCGAGUGCAAGAUCGUGCGCUGUCCUUCGCUGCCCUGCGAGAUCUCGGCCCCUGAAGAGUGUCUGUGGACGGACCUGAUGAUCGAGAAGCAGGUCCACGGUCGCCAGGCCAACCACUACGCCUGCGUCAAGCGGGCCGACGGCUCCUGCUCUUGGUACCGCGGCGUGGCCCCACCCAAAAAGGAGUUUCUGGAUGCCGAAGACCCGUAAAAAAGAAAAGAAAAAAGAAGCCUCUUUUCUGCCUGAACGUCAACUAAUCCCGUGGAAAACAGGCAACUUUUUGAUUUAGAGGUGAAAAAUGUGCUGUUGUGAGAAUAAUCUCUUGCCUCUGUGUCCUUUUUGGGGUAAAAAAAAAAAAUCUAAAAUGAGGGUAGUUUGUGGAGGUUGUUGUCAGUUGUGUGUUUAAAAACCAAUCAUGGGACGUAGACUGGUCAAGUGAUGAUGUAACUUCCUCCUGAGGCUGGCGUCAGGAGGAGACAACAGCACUUCCUUCAAAAAAAAAAAAAAAAAAAAGCUCUAUAAGUCCUCACCCAUCCAUCAUUGAUGACCUCAUUAUUAAUUUUAUCCAAAGCCCAAAUUCCAAGUUGCCUUUUUUUGUCUUGUGAAAUGAUUGUAGCAUUCUUUCUUUUUUUUCUUCCUUUUCAUUUCAUUUAGUGGUCAUUUUAGUAACAUGUGACAAACCUCACUGGACCAGUCUAUGAUGUGCAUCGCAAUAUUGGCUUGCUCUCAUUUUCCAUGAAUUAAGGUAAAAGAGCUGCAAUUUCCCCGUCGUUCGCCACCUAAAUAUCUGCAUUAUGUGAACGUAAUGGUGAUCAAAUACCGCGGGUGUCCCGGUCCGAUAUCAAACAUCAGCACAAAAAGAAGUAUCAACAUCUAAAAUGUCCGAUACAUGCGUGUUUAUUAGCUUCCAAUCAGCACACAAGGUUGGUCUUGUCUUGUGUGUCAGUCAAGUCAUUUGCAAAGAGUAAACAUGGUAGGCUAUAGGUUCGCAGCUACCCAACAGCUAAGCACACAAUAGCACACAAGCUAGAUAUGCGUAAUAAUAACUGAGCAAUAUUGCGGUCUAAAACGGCACGUUUGUCAACGUAAGUAUCAAAUAAUUGCAUAUUACAAAUAAAAACCCAGUAACAAAUGUGCUUUUUAAUACCUACAUUAUUUUUGGCAAAUUUUACUUGAUUAGCCGCUGUAACAAAUAUGCUUUUAAUACCUACGUUGUUCUUUUUGCCGAAUUUUCCUUGAUUAGCCGCUGAAGUCCUGUCAAUAUCGGUAUCGGAAGUGAAAGGUUGUAUCGGACACCCCUAUAUCAUUUCUAACUAUGACACAUGUUUAGUUUUUUUAAAUAAACUGCAAUAUUGGGCUCACUGAUGCAGAUUCCUGCACAUUUGGGAGCUUAAAAACCCUCAUUUUGUCUCUCCUGCUAAAUUCCACGCGUAUAAUUCAUGGCUGUGAGGUAAUAAAACAUCGGAAUCAUGCAGUGCAUACACUUUUUUUAAUUUUUUUUGUGACUUGACCAGUAUUAUUUUGUAUUAUUUACUGCGUUAGAACUAGAAUUGCACUUUUCAAGGAAGCGUUCCCGUACAGAAAGGCCGAAACACUGAUGCUAAUCACUUCAUAUUGAUGCCAGGCGUAAAAAAACAACCAAAAAAUAAAAGGGUGAUUAUUAUCGUUAUUUCUGUGUCUUUGGAUUGUACACGCGAGCGACCCUUUUCGCAACUCGCCACAUUUCCGCCGCGUCCUGUUCCAUGUUUUGACGUCUUUUUUUUCCCCCCGCGAGUCCUUCCCAAAAGCUUCAGAAAGUAUGUUUGCGGCGCAGCUUUAUGCAAACUCCAGCUAGCUAAACAUUAACCUAACGGCAUGCAGGCACUUUCCAAAUGUCAGAAAGGUCCUCGAAAACCAACACGGUCUCGUAGUAUUUACAAACUACGUCUAGUUGCUCCAACUAGUGGUGAAGUUGGUGAAUUACACUUUCAUCCGACCGUGUUGGUUUUUGUUCGAGGUGUUCCUGAUAAAUUGGCAAGUCAAUGUUUUUAUAUCUAUAAAGGAGUAUUAGAGGCAUAAUUUAAACUUUCCCGGUGUCAUUAUUGUGUUUUUUUUUUUUUUUGUGUUUUGGCUGUCAUUGUCUUUCGGAGAACAAAAAUGUGUUUAGCGGGCGAGAAGGUCCUCUUGCGCUGGAGUCCCGUGAGAGUGAGAAUAAUUCUUUUUUGGGGGGUUAAGAGGGAGAAAGGAGUACCUCGUGUGAAUCGAUGACUGGUGCAUGUGUUUGUCGCUUUGUGUAAGUCCGGCAAAAGGACCAAAAUAUUCAGUAUUAUCAAAUAAAAACAAACUUUCAAAGGA